CUAGUAUUGUUGUGAUAAAUAUGACCAUCAAUGUAUUGGCAGUUACAUGUUCAGUUGAUCCUGAUCUCUCUUCAUCUUAUCGGAUUCAUGUCCUUCCUUGUUAGGACAUGCGCACCCUGGGUAGUCCUCUUUGAAGAAUGCGUCUGGAGAUGUUCUGUGCUAACGUACAGUCCACAGCUCCUGAGACAUAUUUUACAAUUGAUCUGGUAAUGACAGAGCGCAUGUCACAGACGAAGACAAGGGUGACCGAAGAGAAUACCUCGGGAUCCAGGCAAUACGGAGUUGGACAAACUCAGAUACCUCUGUGCGCUCAGACGGGUGAUCCGUACAUAGCCUAAAUGGACUCCGACAUAGCCUGUAUUUUUUCAAUGUGAUGUAUUUAGUGCAGGCUAAAUUAUUACAUGUACGUCUUGAGGAAAUUCAGUCCACAUAAAGAUGAAGCACAUUGUAGUCUGACGUUUGCGCGGCAAUUGAUUCGUCGUUCUCGGCGCAUGCACAGCUCUUGCAUUUCCAAUCGAACUCCACCUUGGCUGAGAAAAGCUGAAUACAAAAUUUCAAUUUCAAGGGCAUGAUGAUUCCAUGAGAAAAGCCCCAGUGAACAUUUUCUUCUCACAGAAAGACAUCUGACCAGUUCAUAGCUUAUCCCGCUCAAUUUGGAUGCCCUGAGUUGUUCUCUGAAGAUCUCCAUAUUUGUAUCAGACAUAUCUGUCCCAAGCCUGACUCUAGAUGCCGUGAGAACCCUACUCUGACUUGUGUGUGCGUGGAGAUGGAGGGAAUGCUAGGCCUAUCUGGGUGGAUCUGGUUGGUGGUCUUGAUGGUGGCGAGUCCUGCACACAUCCAGGUGAGCAGCCAAGCCAAUGAACGUCGGGUUCUAGCCUACCUUCCUGGCGACAUCAUCAUCGGCGCUUUGUUCUCCGUCCACCACCAGCCGCCGGCGGACAAGGUCCACGAGCGCAAGUGCGGAGCGGUGCGCGAGCAGUACGGCAUCCAGCGCGUGGAGGCCAUGAUGCACACGCUAGACCUCAUCAACGCCAACCCGCACAUCUUGCCCAACAUCACGCUCGGCUGCGAGAUACGUGACUCGUGCUGGCACUCGGCCGUGGCGCUGGAGCAGAGCAUCGAGUUCAUCCGCGACACCCUGGUCUCCGCCGAGGAAGAGGAGAGCGCGUCCCGCUGCGUGGGUGACGAGAGCGUCGCCCCCAUCAGCGGGAAGAAGCCCAUUGUGGGUCUGAUCGGCCCGGGCUCCAGCUCCGUGGCCAUCCAGGUGCAGAACCUCCUCCAGCUCUUCAACAUCCCCCAGAUCGCCUACAGCGCCACCAGCAUGGACCUGAGUGACAAGAGCCUCUUUAAGUACUUCAUGAGGGUGGUGCCCUCGGACGCACAGCAGGCCCGGGCCAUGGUGGACAUCGUGAAGAGGUACAACUGGACCUACGUGUCCGCCAUUCACACGGAAGGCAAUUAUGGUGAGAGUGGGAUGGAGGCCUUCAAAGACAUGGCCGCCAAAGAUGGCAUAUGCAUCGCCCACUCAGACAAGAUCUACAGCAACGCGGGCGAGCAGAGCUUCGACCGGCUCCUGGAGAAGCUCCGCAGCCACCUGCCCAAGGCGCGCGUCGUCGCCUGCUUCUGUGAGGGCAUGACUGUGCGUGGCAUCCUGAAGGCCAUGAGGCGGCGCCACCUGGUGGGCGAAUUCCUGUUGGUGGGCAGGUAACUGUUAAAAACUCUUUGGCCCAGGUAGAGUCUGCAAUUCUGGCAAAAGGUUGUUGAUGUUUGAGCUCAGUAACCAAUCAUAUUACACCCGUCUUUUCUGUGCUCAUGAAGCCACACGUGUUGAUUGGCUGGAAUUGUUUAUGUCUCGGCCCGAUGUCACUAUGUUUUUUUUCCCAUCUACAAAGCCAGUACUGUGUACUAAAACCACAGUUUGUCUGAGAGCACACACAGAAUGGCCAACUACAGGACUGUGAGGAACAAUUAGCUGAAUUUGACAGAAUAGGAUUAGAAUCGUAGACCUCACCUUUAAAUCAGGUUGUCUGACUGUAAUCUUAGCGUUUUCUCAUUAGCAAUCUUCAUUACUACCAUUAGACUUAACGGUCACACUUUAUUUGGAUGGUCCCUUAUGGAAGAUCUACAGAUGUUCAGACUGUAAACAAACUAUCUAUUGAACUUCUGUUAACUCCAGUUUAUGGCUAAGGUUAUUGUUAAGGGUUGGGUACUCACACUCCUCAUCUAAUAGAGAGCAUCUAUUCUAUUGACACUUUUUCUUUUGUGAACAUCCCAGUUUUGAGGGCACACACACAUGCACACACACACAU